ACCAACAGAGGGAGAUUUGCCUUCGUCAGGAGAACCACAGCCGCCAGAAGGACCGUUUCUGUUCACAGUUUGACUCCCUACAUAUUCCUUUGCUAUGAUUGCCCUUCGCUUGAUAGCCGUGACCCUGGUGGUGGCGAUGGUGGCCUCAACGACCUGGGCUCGCAGCUUCAACAAGCGAGCAAACUUCGACCCUUCCUGCGCGGGCGUGUACAACCGGGAGCUCCUGGGGAGGCUGAGCCGCCUCUGCGACGACUGCUACAACGUGUUUCGCGAGCCCAAGGUGGCCACGGAAUGCAGGAGCAACUGCUUCUACAACCCGGUGUUCGUCCAGUGUCUGGAGUACCUGAUUCCGGCCGACCUGCACGAGGAGUACCAAGCCCACGUGCAGACGGUGGGCAAGUAGGCUCGGUCGACCUGCCUCGACCUGCUUCCCGAACUCACGCCAACGGCCAGUAGACGCAGAGGGGGUUUUAGGAUUUGUUUAGGGGUAACUGGCGCAUUUUAUCGAUCCUGUACGGAUUUUGAUAUGACUUUUCAUACGCUAGAUUGUGCUGAACCACUUAAUGAAGUAUGUUGGAAUUA